CACGUAUCCUUCUAUUCUUGUUGAAUAGAGAAGAAUUCAGCAUUUACACCUUUUUGAUUUCCUUUCAACAAAUAAUUCACUAUGGGUGCUUUGCAACUUACUAUUAAAACACUUCAACAUAAGCAGUUUAAACUCGAAGUAGACAGUUCUGAUACUGUUCUUGCUGUAAAAGAAAAAAUUGAAAAAUCUGAAGGCCAUCCUGUUAAUCAGCUCAAGUUAAUUUUCUCUGGUAAAAUUCUUGCUGAUGAACAAAAGAUCGAAGAGUAUAAUAUUACUGAAAAAGAUUUUUUGGUUCUUAUGGUUUCAAAGCCUAAAAAGACAACAACUACAACUGCCAGUACUUCAAAAGCUAUACCAAAAGAGCCUGUUAAACAAGAAGAAGCACCAGCAGCAGCACCAGCAGCAACAACACCCAAUACUACUACUGAAGCUUCAGCACCUACUCCUGUUUCUCCUGCUACAACAGCAGCCUCUACACCUGUUGAAAUUGAAAGACCCUCUAGUCAAACUGGGCAAAUAGAUAGCAAUUCUCAGUUAGUAACGGGAAAUCAGCUUGAAGGCGUUAUUCAAAACAUGAUGGAAAUGGGCUUUGAACGUGAUCAAUGUGUACGUGCUCUUCGUGCUAGUUUUAACAAUCCUGAUAGAGCAGUAGAAUAUCUUUUUAAUGGCAUUCCUCAACACAUUUUGGAUGAAAUGAAUUUUAAUCAACAACAAAGUGAACAAGCUUCUACUCCUGCUGCUGCCCCUACUCCUGCUGCAGCUACCACUAAUACUACUAAUCCUACUUCAGGUACACCAUUAAAUCUUUUUGCUGCUGCUCAACAACAAGCACAACAGCAAGCACAGGAACAGGCACAGCAACAAACUGUUAAUUAUAACCAUGAUAUUGAGGCUUUAAGAAGCACACCUUAUUUCCAACAAAUUCGUCAAUUAGUUCAAACUAACCCUGCUUUACUUCAACCUUUACUUCAACAAUUAGGACAAUCACAUCCUGAAAUUCUUAGAUCAAUAAGUGCUGAUCCAAAUGGUUUCUUACAAGCCUUAAUGGAGGCAGGCGAUGAUGAAGAUACUAUGCCUCCUGGAACUUCUAUGAUUCAAGUGACUCAAGAAGAAAAAGAUGCUAUUGACAGAUUAGCAGCAUUAGGCUUUGAUAGACAUCUUGUUAUUGAAGCUUAUUUCGCUUGUGAGAAAAAUGAAGAAUUAGCAGCAAAUUACUUAUUUGAACAUGGAUCUGAAGACUUUGAAUAAUCUUUUUUUUUUUUGGGGGGAAGAAGGAAAAUGAGAUAUACAUAAAACGUUCUUUUUCCCCCAAUAAUUGAUCUAUAAUAAUAAUAAUAUUUGUUGCUUUUUAUAUAAAAUAUUUUUUAUUUCUUGCUAUGUCAUUCUUCU